AUGUCUUCUUCUGAUCAAGAUAGUGUACGGUUGAGCGACGUAAAAGGUUUGCUCUUUUCCCUUGUUUGGGGCUCUAUUAUCUUCUGUGUAGUCGCUCUCAAGCCUUUUCUUCUGCUGCUCCUUUUUCGUGCGCUUCGCCGCCUCCGCCUGUUGGCUAGACGUCGGGCCCGCGGGCGUCUGGCGGCACUAUGGUUACGCUCGCGGCUCAACAGGCAUCUUUUACCGCCAGCCUUGACGGAUCGGAGCGUGUUCGCGUGGCUCAAACCAUAUGAAGACGCGGACGAGGGGCAAUUCAGCGGGUCUGCAGCGGACACCGAUGCCGUGUUCGAACAACCUGAUGUCCUUGAGCGUCUGCUGCAGCGCGAGACUGGCAAAACGAACCGCGCGUCGAGCCCGCUGCAGCUGAGUCGUGGCGUUUUGGAGGCGGCUUCGCAAAAGCCGGACUUUCCAGUAGACUCGUCGUUAGCCCAGCUGGACGCUGGACGAGUUGCGACCGCGUCGCUGCAUGAACCAGACCUAGAAAGCGUUGAAAGCACUGCAAUCCCGGACGGUCCCGUAGUACGCCAUGUUGGCGCUUCGGGUGUUGUCGCAGAGCGUGUCGCUGACGCCAACGACGCUCAAAACUGGGUGAAUCGAGCCCGAGCUUUGCAUCUCAGUAUGAAAGUCAUGACACCCUGGUGGUCUCGAAUGAUUCCUCCUGUAAGCGAUCGUCUACCGAUAGUCACUGAGGACUCGUUGCGAUAUUCGCUGCUCGUCGAGCGCCUCGAGAUGACCAUGGAACGCUCUCGUGUGACUUUGGCGUUAAGCUGGAUUCGACUCCUGAUCGAUCUGGCUACUUGUGUGAUCUUCUAUGUUGAGGGCGAGCUUCGUCGUGAUUACAUUGGACGUGUUUACUAUUGGCCUGUAGGUCUAUGGUUCGCCGUGGAUUACGCAUUUCGAGUCUUUCUGCUGCCGCACCGGGGUCCGUACUAUCGAAAUCACGUCUUCACCCUGAGUGCGAUUGCAGAGAGUUUAUCGAUACCAUCGGCUCUGCGAUCCGCCGCUGGGAACGUUUCUUUUGUGAACUUCAAUUUUCUUCGUUCAAUCACGGCAGUGCAAGCCUUUUUCUAUAUAUACAAUCGGGACAUGUUGCGCGAGGAUCACAUGUACAUCGGCCGUGUCGGGCGUUAUGUCGUCUCUCUGAGCAUUCACCUCUUUGCCAUUGUCUUCAGCAUCGCUAUGCUCAUGUUUGACAUCGAGUACGCGAGCGGAUCGAACCAUUUCACCCCAACAUCCUCCAUAUACUUCACGAUCGUGACGGUAACGACCGUAGGUUACGGUGACUAUGUGGCCACCAAUGUCGUCGCUCGCAUCUACGUCACCAUUGUGAUCGUAAUUAUGGUUGCCUACUUUGCGUACGCCAUUGCGAAUAUUGUGAAUAUUUACAAGAUGAGUCAGGAGGGUAAGGGCUCCUUCCGGGCUGGUGGUUACCGGCGACACAUUGUGGUGACUGGUCGUCCUUCUCUCCCGCAAUUGGAGGCAGCACUCUCUGUCUUCUAUGCGGAACAACGCAAUGCUCUGGCGUACUUUAUCAUCUUCCUUGAUGAUCUCUACCUGAGCGAGCCCCAAACACACGUGCUCCAGCACACUGAAGCCACGGAUCGCGUUCGUUUGCUCGUAGGCAAUGUCUAUGAGGCUUAUGACCGCCGUCGCGUGGACCUCGGUCACGCUGAAAUGUGCCUGUUAUUUUCGGGCGUUGAGCCGCGUGACUCCUAUACCGAAACGCACCGUAUCGCUGACGAUGCUGCGCUGGUGCUUCGUGCGCGCACAGUUCGCAUGCACUACCCGCGACUCCCGCUGCAUAUCCUCUUCCAGACGCCUUAUGCAGUUCGCCAGCUGGAAGAUCUCUUCAUCCAGACUCAGUGUCUGAUAGAUGCUGAUGAGCAUCCGCGGGAUACGGAAGAUGCAGUACAGGCGGGACUCUUGGAGUACGAAACUCGGACGCUCUGUCAGCUGGAGUUUGCAGCGUACUUGUUGGCAGCCAAUGUGCAUUGUAAUGGGGCGUCCACGCUUGUCCGGAAUAUGCUAGCUGAUCCCCGUAUCGAUCGACCGUUAUGUUUCGGCGACUCGUUGUCUAUUCUUGAGUACAAGACUGGUGUUCGGCACAAGUUACGGCGAAUCUCGUUGCCAGAGCGGCUAGCUGGGGUGCGUCUCGGCGAACUGGCACUUGAGCUGUACCUGCGCUUUGAAGUGGCGGUGGCGGGGCUGCUGAUACUCGAUUCGGCUGGAGCAUGGCGUGUGCUGUACAAUCCCCGGCACAAAAUAGGAACCCGAGGGUUGCUUUUUAUUCUGUGUGCUCGGCAUCAGUUUCGUCCUGUGAUCUCCUGGCUCUACAGCACCAGAGCCGUCGAUGAUCUCUGGGAGCUACGCAAAAGCCUCGAUCGGGACGACGCUGACACAUCGAGCAACAACACGCGGUUGAGCAAGCAGUCACGCUCCAGCGGGUGGACUCGUUUCGGCCUGGUCGAGGUUGCGUUGCCCGAAGUGGAGCUGGGUACCGGGCGAGGCCGUCUCAAUACCGCUGCAUCGGCGGAGAAGCUUCGUCUCCAGCAACGCAGAGCACGCAGCCGCAGGAACACGGCGGUAUCCAACGACUCGCAAAAGCGCCAAGAGGCCGUGUCAGCGUCUGCGUUUCCGUCUGUGCUGUCGACCGAGCGCGCUCAUGACACCCGAGCUGCCACUGCUGGUGUCGUCAAGCGGACGAGUCUGGAUGCCACUGCGGAAAGCCGCCCUUUGGCAGAUUUCGCGAGAAGGUCUGCGUCCGAGUCAUCGGAGCCCGGCAGCGAGCAGGACGCAGGUGAUCAACUUCGAAACUCUGAUGAUGACGUUGAUGAAGACGAGGCACCGAAAGAGGCCACGGUUAUUCUCGCGACUUGCAGCUCAACGCUAAGCACGGUCUUUUUGGAGCUUUUUACCAAGGCACUGCGGUCGUCCGUGAGUUACGUUCGUGUCAACGCAGACUCGAGUGCGCCAUCGCAGGAGCCGGGGUUCUCGGCACCGAACGGCUGGAAAGUAGCGAACUUUGAAGUGCUCGUUCUGGUCCCGUCGCUUUCCAAUGAGUCCCACUUUGCUGAGAUAGCAGCCAAGUAUGGUCCGCUCAGACAUGUGGCGGGUUCAGUGCUCCGCAUAUCGGACCUUGCGCGGGUGCAAGCUGCCCAUGCGCAUGCCAUUGUACUCGUGAGCAACGACACCGCUCAGGGUUUCGUGGAGCCAGAAACAACCCUCUCUGGCCUGGAAGUGUUUUCCAUGGUGAACUUGGAUCUGCUACUGCGCCACUAUCAGUGCGAUGUAUAUGUGACCUCGGAAUUGUCUCGGCAUCAGGCGCUAGAGAUGGUGCCAGCAGCCGCACCCCGACGAGUCUACUUGCGUCUGGGGAAUCCGUUCGAGCGUCGUCCGAUUCGGCAUUUGCAGGUGUACCAUCCCAUUGACGUGCUACCCACGAUGCCUCCAAACGAUGAUCUGCACACUCCACGCGAGCACGGGGCGUACCGAAACCACGCAACCCCGUCUUCGGUACCCAGCACCGUUGCCCUUCGCGUCUUCGAGGCACACGUCGGUGGUGACGAGGGUUUUCGGUAUCGGAAUCGCUUUGCUAGCGGGGAACUUACAGCAACCUCCAUCUUUGCGACUGCGCUCUUGACGCGGGAACACGCGUUACCGGGUGUGGUACUGCUCACCAAGUCCUUGUUCGGCAUGCCGGUGAGUCGCUUUGAUCAUCGCGGACGACGAAUCCGGAUUAGUCGAGCGCAUUUGCAUCUGGCCAAUGUACCAGCGGAAAUCCACGACAUUCGUUACGUCGAAUUACUCGAAAUCGUGAUAAGAGCGGGUGCGCUGCCUUACGGACUGUACCGCGGUUUCCACCAUAAUGUGCGGGUGAGCGUCGCUGAUCUCCAUCAGAUGUUGCUCAGUCGCUUUAGUUCCAACGAUCAUAAGGAUGAAGGCUCCAUGAAACCCUACGAGUCCAUACUCGACUUGGUCAGCGAUCUUGCACGGCGACUGGACAUCGAUUCCGAAGAAUUCAUGGAGCGUAUCCUGGAACCGUUGACGGAGCUGGAUACGGGCGUGGACGGUGCAACCCCGGGACAGCGUCGACAACGGACAUGCUUUUCAUGGUUAACGUUCUGGAGUUGCGGACAGCGUCGUCUACCGUUUCCGAAUCGAAUCCUUAAUCUGGGCACUCCACAGAAUAGUCUUCCGUACGUUCUGACAAAUCCGCCGCCGUACGUUCGUGUAUCAAGGCAUGAUGGUGUCUAUGUUGUAACUGAAAAUUUCGAGCGUUUUCUGAAAAAAUUUCAUGCGAUCUGUGCACAGAGCUUGGACGAUCACAAGGCAAACGCUUGA